UAAACACAGCUUCGACUUCUUAACGCCCACCACUACAGCACAAUUGCAUCUCGUCGAAGCCUUCCCUUUCCAUAAGUUUCUCCAGCCUGAUUCGACCUCACUAUCUGAAGUCGCAAACAUGCAAUCAGGCAUCUCUGCAUCCCAAGAACUGCGCACCGCCCUCGAUACCCUCCUAACCUCCUCCUCCCAGCGCGGCCUCGUCGCCACAAUAUCCAACGAAACCAUCGUCCGGGGCCCCACCAUCCCCUCGUCCUCCCCAACCUUCCUCGCCGACCUCGCAAACCUAACCCCCCACAUAAAACCCACCGAAGCCCUAUACAUCCUGCUCCGGCGCGCUGACAGCGUCGCCUCCCCCGACAAAUCCCUCGUCGCAGUCACAUACGUCCCGAAUGCCGCGCCGGUGCGCCAGAAAAUGCUGUUCGCUAGCACACGCCUGACGCUGGUGCGCGAGCUGGGCGCCGAUCACUUCGCGGAGAGCAUCUUCUGCACGGAGGCGGCCGAGCUGACCGAGGGCGGGUGGGAGAAGCACGUCCAGCACACCGAGAGCGAGAACCCGCUCACGGAGGAGGAGCAGAGUCUGAAGGACAUCAAGGAGGCCGAGGCGCUGGAGUCGCGCGGCACGCAGGGCCAGAGCCUCGUGCAGGGCGGGCGGCUCGCCAUACGCGCGGACGCGGACAUUUCGUCUGCGUUGAAAACGCUCGGCGAAGGCGGUAGCGACAAUCUGGUCCAGCUGCGCAUGGACGUGCCGACCGAGACGCUGCAGCUUGUUUCCUCUUCUCAAGUCUCGCUGUCCGAGCUGGCCUCCGCGAUCGAUGCGACGGAGCCGCGGUUCUCGUUCUACCGGCAUAGCGAUGCGGAGUCGAGUAUUGUUUUUAUUAGCACGUGUCCGAGCGCGGCGAAGAUUAGGGAGAGGAUGCUGUAUGCAGCGAGUCGGAGUAAUGUGAUUACGCUUGCGCAGAAUGAAGGUGGGUUGAAGGUGGCGAAGAGGAUCGAGGCUACGAAUCCGGGGGAGGUUACGGAGCAGGUUAUUGCGGAUGAGUUUAGGGCGGAGGAGAAGGAGGAGAAGAAGGGAUUUGCGAAGCCGAAGAGGCCGGGACGGAGGUAGCGUGGGCGUGAAUGGAAUAGAGACCUCGAGAGAAGCUGCUGGUCAAGCUUCGUUCUGCACGAGAGGUAUGGCUUGAUAGAGGGGCGGUUUGGUAGAAAAACGCUGGGUUUGAUCACGAUUGGAUCACGAUUGUUGAGGGAUGAAACCCCAUAGGACGGUGCAUGAUUUGACUAAGGCAAUGCUUUGAUUCAGUGUUGAUAUGCCGCCGUCGAGGGAUCCGGAGUGCCAAAGGUAUCGCCACUACAAUACAAUGUAGCACGUCGCAGUACGCGGCCGGCUCCCUAUAGCCAUCCCCGACAUAUAGGUCAUGCACAGGCGUGUCUAUUACACUGCCUGCUAAUCCUCGUCCCUCAAGAAGCCACGACUGAUCGUCUUUCUCU